AUGACAGUAGAAGAGGUAGGAGAUGAUUACACAAAAGAUGGAACUGUUGAUCUUCGAGGCAAUCCUGUCCGAAGAUCCCAAAGAGGUCGUUGGAAAGCUUGCUCCUUCGUCGUUGUGUACGAGGCAUUUGAAAGAAUGGCUUAUUAUGGGAUAUCGAGCAAUCUAGUGAUAUUCAUGACCACAAAAUUGCACCAAGGCACGGUCGAGUCGUCUAACAAUGUGACCAAUUGGGUUGGGACCAGUUGGCUGACUCCAAUCUUGGGUGCUUAUGUUGCUGAUGCUCAUCUCGGUCGCUACAUCACUUUUGUCAUCUCUUCCGUUAUUUAUUUACUGGGAAUGGCAACGCUGACAUUAUCAGUAUCUCUACCAAACCUUAAGCCACCAAAAUGUACAACAACUAACGUUGAAGACUGCCAAAAAGCCUCGGUUUUACAAUUAGCGGUUUUCUUUGGAGCGUUAUACACAUUAGCAAUCGGCACAGGAGGCACAAAACCGAACAUCUCCACAAUAGGAGCCGAUCAAUUCGACGAAUUCGAUCCAAAGGAGAAGACUCAUAAACAUUCAUUCUUCAACUGGUGGAUGUUUAGUAUCUUCUUUGGCACUCUCUUUGCCACAACAGUUCUUGUUUACGUUCAAGAUAAUGUAGGAUGGGCCUUAGGUUAUGGGCUUCCAACAAUGGGCCUUGCUAUCUCCAUUGCUAUAUUCUUGAUGGGCACUCCGUUCUACCGCCAUAAACGCCCAACGGGAAGCCCGUUUACCAAGAUGGCUCGAGUCAUUGUGGCCUCAUUUCGCAAACGUCACGAGUCUAUGUCGUCGUGUGAUGAUCCCACACGCUUCCAUGAGCUCUCUUCAUUGGAAUAUGAGAGCAAAGGAGCACUCCCAAUCCAACCUACUCAAAGUCUAAGAUUCUUAGACAGAGCCUCACUCAAAACCGGACCAACUCAAAAAUGGAGCCUAUGCACUACAACACAAGUCGAAGAAACAAAACAAAUGUUAAGAAUGUUACUCGUCUUUUUCGUAACAAUAAUCCCAAGCAUGGUGUUCGCUCAAGUCAACACUUUGUUCAUCAAACAAGGAGUCAACCUAAACCGUCACAUCACCAACAACUUCAGCAUUCCUCCGGCAAGUCUCCUAGGCUUCACGACCUUCUCGAUGCUCGUCUCCAUAGUCAUAUACGACCGUAUCUUCGUCAGACUCGCGAGAAAGCUAACCGGAAACUCGAGAGGCAUCACACUGCUCCAACGGAUGGGAAUCGGUAUGAUCCUUCACAUCUUGAUCAUGAUCAUCGCGUCGAUAACCGAACGGUAUAGGCUCAAGGUCGCCGCUGAAAACGGGCUAAUCCACCAGACCGUUGUACCGCUUCCUUUAACCAUCUUCGUCCUGCUUCCGCAGUUUGUGCUGAUGGGUUUGGCUGAUGCUUUCUUAGAAGUAGCAAAGCUCGAGUUUUUCUACGACCAAGCACCCGAGAGUAUGAAAAGCCUCGGGACAUCGUACCAAACCACGAGUCUAGCCCUCGGGAACUUCAUGAGCAGCUUUCUGCUCUCGACGGUGUCUCGGAUAACCAAGGAACGAGGACGAGGAUGGAUUCUAAACAACCUGAACGAGUCAAGGUUGGAUUACUACUACAUGCUCUUCGCGGUUCUAAGUUUGGUCAACUUCAUCUUCUUCUUGGUCGUUGUUAGGUUUUACGUGUACAAAGCUGAAGCUAGUGACUCACCAAAUGUAAAAAGAAACAACCGAACAUGA